GCUCCGUGCUAAGAGGGGAGCUGGAGCCUCCUGUCUUGCAGAGUGCUCUUGCAGAGCGGCCCUGCCCCUGACUGUGGGCAGGGAAUAAGUGUGGGAGCUCCCCGUGGUGGUAAGCACCCCUCCCCAGAGCAGCCAGCACUGCACCAGGGCGAGGAUCAGGUUCCUGUCCUCGACUGUGACUUGUCACUGUCUAGUACUGUGACCGUGUUGCCAUCGCUCUGCAAAUAAGGCAGAAGCUGCCACCUGAUUGGUGUAACAUCUCACUUUGCCUCUGCAUUGAUUUCUUCUUCUCUUCCUUGGCUUCAUAAAGCGAGGGACAAGUGGCUGGUACCGUGGACAGAGACGCUUUAUUUUUAGUAUGAGACAACCUCUAUUUUCUUUCAGGAGAGAGAAAUUGGAUUAUCAAUUCUUUUGUAAAUGUGUAUGGUGAUAUUUGCUCCGCUUUUUGCAAUCUUUGCAUUUGCAACAUGCGGUGGCUACUCCGGAGGCCUGCGGCUGAGCGUGGACUGCGUCAACAAGACAGAAAGUAACCUCAGCAUCGACAUAGCAUUCGCCUACCCAUUCAGGUUGCACCAGGUGACCUUCGAGGUGCCCACCUGUGAGGGGAAGGAGCGGCAGAAGCUGGCGCUGACCGGAGACUCCUCGUCCUCCGCAGAGUUCUUCGUCACCGUGGCCGUCUUCGCCUUCCUCUACUCCUUGGCUGCCACCGUCGUUUACAUUUUCUUUCAGAACAAGUACCGAGAAAACAACCGAGGCCCACUCAUUGACUUCAUCGUCACAGUGGUCUUUUCCUUCUUGUGGCUGGUGGGCUCGUCUGCCUGGGCAAAAGGACUGUCUGAUGUCAAAGUUGCAACAGAUCCCAAGGAAGUGUUGUUGCUGCUGUCAGCCUGCAAACAGCCCUCCAACAAAUGCAUGGCUGUCCACAGCCCUGUCAUGUCCAGCUUAAACACCUCCGUGGUGUUUGGAUUCUUGAACUUUAUCCUCUGGGCUGGAAACAUCUGGUUUGUUUUCAAGGAGACUGGCUGGCAUUCCUCGGGUCAGAGAUACCUUUCAGACCCCAUGGAGAAGCGCUCUAGCAGCUACAAUCAAGGCGGGUACAACCAAGACAGCUACGGGUCAAGUGGUGGGUAUGGCCAGCAAGUCGGGCCCUCCUCUGAUGAGUUUGGUCAACAACCUAGUGGCCCCACUUCCUUUACCAAUCAGAUUUAACGGGUUAGUAUCUCUAUUCUUCUGGAGCUAGCUUCACCAUUUCCAUUUCAAAGGCAGAAGAAUUUUUGAAGAGUUUCGAUCAAUUAUUAAUGCAGAGAGUUGAAUGUAAAUUAGAAAUCUGUAGUCCUCAUUAAGGCAGAGAGGCCUGGGCUGUGAUAAAUGGUUCCUAGAGAUGAGACGCCAGGAGGAAAUAUAUUAUGCAUCACAAAUGGGUAAUUGGAGAGUACCUUGUUAAAUACACAGAUACUUUUAUGGUCGUUUUGUAUAUGUGUUGAGAGAAUAGGAGCAUUUUGUAGCUUAGUCUUGAGUAUGUAAUAGCAUAGAGUAAAUUAAAUAAUGUUGAGUUUUCGUAUGCACUUUGGUGCCAAAUACAUUUUAAUGGUUCCUAGAAGAUAAGUUGGUGUGCUACAGCAUGCAUGCAUUAUUAUUUGUAAGUUUUAGGCCCUACAAGACUGCAAGUUUCUGUUUGUUUCAGGUAAUUACUCUAGGUUUUUUUUUAAAUUUGACAAAUCAGUGCUAUGGUUUAAUGCAUGCAUAAGCAUUUCUCGUACAAUCAACAUUUGAUUGUAAAAAGAUUUUUCAUCAUCAAUUUGCUAAGUGGGCAUUUAAAGAAAUAUAUUCAUUACUUUGUCUACUUUGAAAUUUUGUCUCUCUGGCUUUAUCAAAGUUCUGAGUGCAUUAUAGUUAAUGUUUGUGUUUAUUUUUUUUCCUGUUUAUAGACAGUCAGUGUUAUAUAUGCUAACUACCAGCUAUAUAUCCAACUUACUUAGUUAGCUAAAUGUUUACAUUCUUGUAACUUUCUGUAAUGUUUCCUAGCUCUUACCCUGUGAACCAUGAAUAAUAAGGCCCAGUAAUUUCGUGCUUGUAAUAUUUUCUUAGAAUACUGGAGAUGCAGGUUUCAAUGUAACAGUUAAGGCAUUGCUGUUGAAGCAUUAAUCUGGAAAGGAUAUCUGUAGUCCUGUUCAACUAAUUCAGCAUUUAAAUUGUAUUGGUUUUUAAAACUAAUAUGUCCCUCAAUCAAAUUGUUUAUAAUAUUAAGCCAAAGCAUAACCAAAUUAGUAAUUCUGUUAAAUUAAAUUAAAAACAGUUUCCAUGUGCUACUAUAUCCCAAAGAGAGUUCUCAUGGACUGUUGUCCCUAAUGUAUCCAUUUUCAAGAAAAUGCCGAUGGUUACCUCUUUACUUCAACUCAAUUGAACACCAUAAGUAAAGGCAAGCUAAGCAUUUCUGGAUUAAAAAGUUGUUAUCAAAGUACAAACUCUUUGUGAUAUCUGUGAUGUUGGAAACAGGUUAGCACAAAACAGCCUUGUGUCUUAAAUGCUAUCUGUAACCAGUUUUUCUAUCCUGUUGGAUAAAUCUGUAUUGUGAUAUCUAUUUGAACUCAAUAAAGUUAUUGCAUACAA